CGUUUUUCUCACCCGGACAAUGUCAAAGUGAUGGUCGUAACAAUUUGCGCGCGGGCGCGUUUCCUCUUCCUCUCUCCCAAUUCCUUCCACCAGACUGAGAGACACGAAGAAACUCGAACGAAAACAGUAAGAGAGUGGGCCAAGUAAACAUCACCGGACUUAACAAUGCGAACCAGGAGGCAGACAGAGAAGGAACCUACUUCUCCUCCCCCUCCCCCUCCCGCUUCUUCAGCUGCAAAAGGCAGUGCCAACAACCACGAUGCAGAAGGCCGGAGUAUUGCUGACUCGUCAAGGAACGCAGUUAACAGAGUCAUACGACGUGUCAAUGCUCGAGGUUCAUUGCGGACAAAGAAAGAAUUGCAGCAAGAUAAGGGGUCGAAAAGCAAAGAUAAACACAUCAUUGAUGCAAAGGUUACAUGGAAUGAAGUGGAUGCACUGCGUUCUGCAAAGGUACAGAAGGAAAGUGAUGGCGGGGACAUUGGUGCCUCUAGUUGCCCUCUUCAAAACAGCGACGAUGACAUCGACUGGGAAGAUGGUUCUACUUCUGCUGCGGAACCUGUAAUAACUCGUUCCAAACCAGGUGAUGGUACCAAAACACUGAUUAUCGAAUUUGGGACGUCACCUUAUUCUGCCAGCCGAAAGCCUUCCCGUCGAGCUACUGCUGAAGAAAAGGAGUUGGCUGAACUCGUGCAUCGGGCACAUUUGCUUUGUUUGCUUGCAAGGGGCAUAGUAGUUGAUAGUGCUUGUGAUGAUCCUCUUCUUCAGGCUUCGUUAGUAUCCCUUCUACCAACUUACUUGUUGAAGAUACCAGAGCUCUCAAAAGUUACUGCCAAGGCUUUGGCUCCUAUUUUUCAUAGCAAUUUCCAUGUCAAGAGUGCAGCCAGCAAAAAUCACUCAUUUUCUUCAGCUUUGGCUUUUGCUCUUGAAAAUCGUGAAGGAUCUGCAGAGGAGCAUGGCACAACUGUUAUUCUGAAGGCUGUACUCGACAUGGAUUCCUUGAGAAUUACUGGUUCAUACUUGAAGUCAUAUUGUCAUAAAGAUGCUGUUUUCCACAGGUUUGUGUCUAUUCUGGAUGUUGCCUCCAUAAAACCUGAUGUUGAUGACUGUGAAUCCUCAAGUCAUAGUGCCAGCAGAGUGCGCCGUGGAAUAUUUAAUUCUUCAACGCCUAUGGUGGACAGACUGCAGGAAAUCUCUAUUUCUCCUAAUGCAUGUGAAUCUUCAUCUAAAGGCUUGUCCAAAAGUAAAGAAACGCAUGCAACGCAGAAGAAAAUUGAUUUUCUUGGUCCUGAUGAACUUAAAGUUGGACCGGGAGACUCAUUACCAAGUGAGCCACAAUGUAAUUCUCUUGUACCCAAUACUGAGAAGUUCCAAGGGUCAAAGCGGAAAAGUGAUAUUGAGUUUGAGAUGCAAUUGCAAAUGGCUCUCUCUGCGACCGCAGUUGCCGAUCCUAAAAGUAGUGUGGUACAGGAUGCUACAAGUCCUAAUACAGACUGUUGUGAAGUCCUCCCUUCACCCAAACGAGUAAGAAGAGUUGAAAUUGAUCGAUCUAUGCCUAUCUCUACUGCAAUCGGCUCGAGAAAAAUGGGAUCCCCACUUUACUGGGCAGAAAUAUAUUGCACAGAAGAAAACUUGGCAGGAAAAUGGGUGCAUGUGGAUGCUAUAAAUGCGAUCAUAGAUGGAGAACAUCAGGUUGAAGCUGCGGCAACUGCAUGCAAAACAUCUCUAAGAUAUGCAGUUGCAUUUGCUGGGCGAGGGGCGAAAGACGUGACCCGCAGGUAUUGUAUGAAAUGGCACAAAAUAGCAUCCCAAAGAGUUAAUUCUACUUGGUGGGAUACUGUGUUACGACCAUUGAGGGAGUUGGAAUCAGGGGCGACAGGAGCUCCAUUGCAAUUGGCAGAGAACGGUGAUGCUGUAGCCGGCCCCAAAGCUGAUCUACAACCUUCUUGGAUAAAUUCUUUUGUUGCCAGUAGAGACUCUUUAGAGGAUAUGGAGUUGGAGACUAGGGCGUUAACUGAGCCUCUUCCUACUAAUCAGCAAGCUUAUAGAAGACAUCAUUUAUAUGCAAUUGAGAGGUGGCUUACCAAGUUUCAGAUACUCCAUCCAAAAGGUCCUGUUCUUGGUUUUUGUUCUGGCAAUCCAGUUUAUCCUCGUGCCUGUGUCCAAACUCUCAAAACGAAAGAAAGAUGGUUGCGUGAAGGGCUGCAGGUCAAAGCCAAUGAGCUUCCAGCAAAGGUUCUGCUAGAAACCAAGAAGUUUCAAAAUAAAGUACAAUUCUCAGAAGGUGACGAUUGUAACUCUAAGGGAAACUUUGAACUUUAUGGAGAGUGGCAGUUGGAACCAUUGCAGCUACCUCCUGCUGUAAAUGGUAUUGUGCCAAAGAACGAACGGGGCCAAGUUGAUGUGUGGUCUGAGAAGUGCCUGCCACCAGGGACCGUGCACUUGAGGUUGCCAAGGGUAUUUAAUGUUGCCAAGAGGCUAGACAUUGACUAUGCCCCUGCUAUGGUUGGCUUUGAAUUCAGAAAUGGUAGAUCGGUCCCAAUUUAUGAUGGUAUUGUGGUUUGCACCGAGUUCAAGGAUGUUAUAUUGGAGGCCUAUGAUGAGGAAGAGGAUAGGAGGAAGGCAGAAGAGAAGAGGAGAGAUGAAGCAAUUGCUGUUUCAAGGUCGCAAACAACCAAUAAAACUCCCAGCCCAACCUCCCUA